UCCACACAAGGAUAUUGUUCAGAGAGUGCAGUACCUAAAGAGCAGCAACAGAUAUGUCUCUAUCAGUAAGGAGGGUACUGUUGGUAUCUGGGGCCCGGAUCUGAAGUUGUCCCGAUCGUUCCGGAUUGCUACAGACUCAUGUAAAGCCCGAGAUCUCUGGGUAACCCACUUUGUAGCUCUACAGAACAUCAAUAAAAUUGCUGUGGCCUUCACUUCAAAGGAGAUUGCUAUUUAUGACAUGGGAAACAAGCUGGAAUUUAACUGUCAGUACAAAGUACAGGGCAUGGAGUUCACUCCCCUGUGUCUGGAUUACUGGUAUAACCCUAAGGAUGCCAAUGAAGCCAUCCUGUGCUGGGGUGACGUGGGGGGCUAUGUGAACUGUUUGUUCUUUAAUUCGGCCAAUAUCGCUCUGUUUGAACGACCGCCAGCGCCAGCCGGGGAAAAACAAG